AUGGGCCACUCGCGGCGGUUUCUGAAUCUAAUCGUGGACAGCCGCAUUCCUGGCGUCAGGACGCUGAGCCGCAUCGACCUAACGCGCCAGCAAUUAUUUUACCCUGCACCACCUCCACCACCAAACGGAAACGGAUCAGAAUCCGCAGCGGCGCAAGCCGACGCCGGCAAUGAGGCGUCAACGAUGGGGAGGAUUCGGCUUUCCCCCCCGAGUGUCACCUUCCGAGCUUCAGCUGUGGACAACAAAUGGAGGAUCCACUGCUUCCCGCUCGCGGAUCGCAGGGUGCUCUGUGCCGACCAGUCGGGGCGCACCUUCCUCUUCGACGCUGACACGCGCCACGUGGCGACCAUGCCCAGCCUCCAUAAACCCAAACGGAUGCCCUUCUUCCUCUUCGUCCCCGGCGCCAGUGCUGACUCCAACUCCGACUCAAACUCCGACUCCGAAGCCGGAUGGGACACCGAGGACUAUGUUGGAGACGGUGUUGGCAGCCUCUUCGUCAUGGACGGAUGGCCCGAUAUGGAGCCGAGCUACAGCGACUAG